UUAAAUCUGCUUAAUGUGUUUUGUUUCAUAGAUGAACAAAUUCUCCAUGGUCCUGUUUUUAUUCAAGAGCCAUCUGAUGUCAUAUAUUCAGAGAAUUCAGAAAAUUCAGAAGUGCUUUUGAACUGUACAGCAAAAGGUACUCCCUUGCUACACUAUCGGUGGAAGCAAAAUGGCACAGAUAUUGAUCUUAACAUGAGUUAUCACUACAGGCUGGUUGGAGGCAGCUUGGCAAUCAAUAAUCCACGUAAGAAGCAGGAUAUUGGAACAUACCAAUGUUUGGUCACAAAUUCAUUUGGAACGAUUCUGAGCAGGAAAGCAAAGCUUCAGUUUGCAUAUCUUGAAAACUUUGAAACUAAAGCAAGAAGCACUGUAUCAGUCAGAGAAGGACAAGGAGUUGUUCUAUUCUGUGUACCUCCACCACACUAUGGAGAUUUAUCAUACGCUUGGAUUUUCAACAAUAGCCCCUUAUAUGUUCAGGAAGAUGAUCGUCGGUUUGUCUCGCAAGAGACAGGAAAUUUAUAUAUUGCCAAAGUGGAAGCUUCUGAUGUGGGCAUCUACACUUGUGUUGUAUCAAACAAAGAAAUAAAACGAAGUGUGCAGGGGCCACCCACGCCACUUGUGCUUCGUAGUGAUGGUGUGAUGGGGGAAUAUGAGCCAAAGAUUGAAGUGCGUUUUCCAGAAACUAUGCAGGCAGCAAAAGGCACAUCCAUUCAGCUGGAAUGUUUUGCCCUUGGAAAUCCUGUUCCCAGUAUCACUUGGAAGAGAUCAGAUGGCAUCCCAUUGGCCAGAAAAAUCAAUACAUCCAAAGGAAUCCUUGAAAUCCCAGAUUUUCAACAGGAAGAUGAAGCUUCUUAUGAAUGUAUUGCAAGAAAUGUACAAGGAAGAGAUGUUGCCCGGGGCCAACUGUUUACAUAUGCUGUUCCAGAAUGGAACAAAACCAUUGAGAAUGCACAGCUCUCUCUUUAUGAAACUUUAGUUUGGGAAUGUGAAGCAACUGGUCACCCAAAACCUUCAUAUAGUUGGUUUAAAAAUGGUAAACCGCUUAUAUCAGAGGAAAGAAUUCAAAUUGAAAAUGGCACUCUUACUAUAAGUAUGCUGAACGUUUUGGAUUCCGGUCUCUAUCAGUGUGUGGCAGAAAACAAAUAUGACUCCAUUUAUUCCAAUGCUGAGUUAAGAGUCAUGGCUUCAGCUCCUGAUUUUUCUAAACAUCCCAUGAAAAAAACUUCAGUCGUCCAUGUGGGAGGUGAAAUAACCAUUGGAUGCAAACCAAAUGCCUCUCCCAGGGCUGUUAUUAGUUGGAAAAAAGGCACUGAAACUCUACAGCAAGGUAAAAGAAUCUUUAUCUUAGAAGAUAACAGUCUGAAGAUAUAUAAUAUUUCCAAAUCUGAUGCAGGAGUAUACAGCUGCAUAGCAAUGAAUCAAUUUGGAGUUGCAAGGAAUUCAGGAAACUUAAUUGUGAAAG